AUGCAGCGCUGUGCUCUACUUGAGCUGUUCCAGUCAGCGGGGCCCAUCAAGGAGGCUGGCGUGCACUACGACAAGAGCGGCCGCUCCAAGGGCACGGCGCACGUCGUGUACGUCAGCGCGCCGGACGCCUUGAAGGCUUACCAAAAGUUCCACAACGUUUGCCUGGACGGGAAGCGACUGAGCAUUGAGCUGGUGGAGACCCAGGUGCCGCCGGGGACGAUCGCCAAGCUUUCCAGCGGUAUCAACGUGAGCACGGUCGCGGACAACGGCGCGGGUGGCGGCGGCGGCGGGUACGGCAGCAGGGGCGGCGGCGGUGGUGGCGGCGGCGGCUUUGGCCCAAACCGGCCGAGGAGCGUUGUCAGGGGCCGCGGCGCGCCCAGUGCCGCUGGCGGCGCGGACGCGAUGCAGGAAUGA